AUGACCGUUGAAGCGUCAUCCUCCAGAACGCGCACCGACUCGCUCUCGUCGCAUCACACAUCACCUGUCUCGCGCAGCACCAUCGUCGCCGAACAACAUCCGCCAGAAUUCAGCAAAGCGGCCAGACACGUCCCAGCAGAAUUGCGGUCUGCUGUAUCGGAACGACGCUCCACCAUUCCAUUCGACGAUGAUGAUCACGCGCAUACCGAUCUAGAAAAAGUGGCGCAAGCCGACGACCACGACAGUGUGAUCUGGGUCGACUUCCCCGCACAUGACCCCGAGGACCCUUUCAACUUCAGCAAGACGCGCAAAUGGUGCAUCACCAUCCUUGGCGUGCUGUUCACCGCCGAAGUUGCAGCCACCGCCUCCGCCUAUGUGCCUGGUAUCCCAUCGAUGGAGCGUGAUCUUGACAUCACCAACCACCAACUCAGUCUGCUCGGCAUCGCCAUCUACCCUCUGGGCUUUGCCUUGCCUCCGCUGGUGCUCGCGCCGCUGUCCGAGGUGUUUGGCAGAAAUCCCAUGUACAUCGUCUGCCAUCUCUGCUAUACGGUGCUCUUCGUUGGGCUCGGAUUCGCCAACAACGCCGCGACAGUCAUCAUUCUACGAUUCCUGCAGGGCGCAUUUGGGAGUACCGGAAGCACAAUGGUGGGAGGAACCAUCUCGGAUAUCUGGAACAGCAAGGAGCGCGGUCAGCCAAUGGCGCUCUUCGCCACAGCCGCCAUCUUCGGUACCGGUAUUGGACCUGUCUGGGCGGGCUGGGUGGAGCAGAACACGAGGCUACAAUGGAGGUGGAUUCAGUACAUCCAAGCCAUCUAUACAGGCUUCAUCCUGUUGCUUCUUCUCAUCUUUCUGCGAGAAACGAGAGGAAGUAUUCUGCUGACACGUCGAGCCGCCAAGCUGCGCAAGACGACCGGUGAUCCGAGGUACAAGGCACGAGCCGAACUCGAACGCUCUUCGUUGAGUGUGCUCAUCAAGAACUCGCUCACCCGUCCGCUCGUUUUUCUCAUCAAGGAACCCAUCGUGACGUUUUUCUCGCUCUGGAUCGCGUUCACGUGGGGAUUCAUGUACAUGCUUCUCAGCUCAAUCGGGUUGAUCACGGCACAACAUGGGUUUACGCCGGGACAAAACGGACUAGUUUUCUUGUCCAUCGCUGGCGCGGGCAUACUGGGCAACGUCCUGAACCCAAUCCAAGAGUACCUAUACAGAAAGAACUACGCCAGACAUGGACCUGAAGCGCGACUCUACCUCGCCUGCGUUGGCGCCGUCUUCUUCCCCGUCGGCUGCUUCAUCUACGCCUGGACGAGUUUUCCACACGUCUCAAUAGUCGGGCCUAUCGUAGGAAUCGUAGUGACAAUGACUUCGGUUUUCCACGUAUACCUAUGCUGCUUCUCGUACCUGGCAGACUGCUACCUGACAUACGCCAGUUCAGCUUUGGCUGCGCAGAGCUUUGCUAGAAAUAUUUUCGGUUUCAUCUUUCCGCUCUUCGUCGAGCAAUUUUAUCACCGCCUCGGUUACCAAUGGGCUAGCACACUUUCUGCGCUCUUGGGAGCUGUCUUGGGCGUCGUACCUUUCAUCCUCUUUUUCUACGGCAAGAAGAUUCGCGCCAGAAGCAAGAUCAGCCAGGCACUGCAAAAACAGCAUCAAGAACAACAGCAACACAAGUCUUAA